AUGAUGUUGCACUGCGCAGGGUGCGAGAGGCCCAUUUUGGAUCGGUUCCUCCUCAAUGUCCUGGAUCGAGCCUGGCACGCCAAGUGCGUCCAGUGCUGCGAGUGCAGCUGCAACCUGACCGAGAAAUGUUUCUCCAGAGACGGAAAGCUUUAUUGCAAAAUUGACUUUUUCAGGCGUUUUGGUACAAAAUGUGCCGGCUGCCUACAGGGUAUUUCACCCAGUGACCUCGUACGAAAGGCACGGAGCAAGGUGUUUCAUCUGAACUGCUUUACUUGCAUGGUGUGCAACAAACAGCUAUCUACAGGCGAGGAGCUCUACGUGAUUGACGAAAACAAGUUCGUGUGCAAAGAGGACUACUUGAGCGCGAGCGCCAUUAAAGAGGUCAACUUAAACUCAGUGUCGUCAUGUACGGACCGAAGUUUAUCGCCAGAUCUCCAAGACCCGAUCCAGGACGACACAAAAGAGACGGACAAUUCUACAUCCUCAGAUAAGGACACUAACAACAACGAAAAUGAGGAGCAGAAUUCGUGCACGAAGCGAAGAGGUCCACGGACCACCAUCAAGGCCAAACAACUGGAGACGCUUAAAGCAGCCUUCGUAGCCACACCAAAGCCCACGCGACACAUCCGCGAGCAGCUGGCGCAGGAGACUGGUCUUAACAUGCGGGUGAUACAGGUGUGGUUCCAAAAUCGGAGGUCGAAGGAACGCAGGAUGAAGCAACUCAGCGCUUUAGGUGCCCGACGGCACGCGUUCUUCAGGGGGCCUCGGAGGAUGCGGCCCCUGGGGGGCAGACUAGACGAUCCCGAUAUUCUAGGGCCCGGGGGAUACAGUUACUACGGAGAGUACCAAGGUGACUACUAUGGCCCAGGCGUCAACUAUGACUUCUUCCCCCAUGGACCCCCGUCAUCACAGGCCCAGUCUCCAGCUGAGUCCCCAUACCUUCUCAGCUCUGGUUCGGGAGCUCUGGAAGGGGGUCCAGUAUCAGCUCACCACCCCUCAGAUGACCAAAGGUUCACGGACAUGGUUUCCCAUGCAGACACCCCGAGUCCAGAGCCCAGUCUGACAGGAUCUCUGCACCCCAACCCACAAGGAGAAGGCUUUGGUGGGGGACCCAGUCCCCCUUUCUCCCUGGCUAAUACCACCAGCUACAGCGGCCCCAUGUCCCAUCCUGGACAAGAGAUAGGGGACAACACAGUGUGGUAG